AUGAAAAAUCCAGAAAAGAAGGUUGAUCCGCCACUCAAGCAGAGCUUACACCAGCAAUAUAUAGGAUGGACACCUUUAAAUACAACUGUUUAUAAGGUAUUUAUGGAGGUCAGGAAAGACCCGAGCUUCAAGUGGCUGGGCAGGAUGAAAGCUCUUCCCCAAAAUCGCAGCACUCAGAAGUAUUGUGAAUAUCAUAAUGAUCACGGACAUUACACUGAAGAUUGCAUAAGUCUUCGAUUUGAAAUUGAAAAAUUUAUCAGAAAUGGGAAGUUAUUGAAAUUCGUAGCCGAAGAGAAGGGUCGAGAGAAAAAUCUUCCGAACCCUCAGAAUCAAACCAUAGUUGGGGAAAUCCGAACAAUUUCUGGAGGAUUGGCUGGAGGAGGACAAUCAAGUUCGGUAAGGAAAGCUUACGUUAAGCAAGUAAGAACGGAAGAAGUCUUUUCACUUGAGAAACCCUCCAAGAUACGUAAACAGGAACUGAGCGUUCUAUCAUUUUCAGAGGAGGAUGCGAAAGAAAUCUCAAUGCCACAUGAUGAGGCGUUGGUAAUAACUUUGACGGUGGCUAAUCACGCGAUUCACCAAGUUCUGGUAGACAAUGGAAGCUCGGCUGAUAUUCUUUAUGAAACGGUUGUUCAACAACUGGGCAUUGGCCGAGAGAAGUUGAAACCUUUCUUAUCGCCAUUAAUAGGAUUUGCAGGGUAG